AUAUCUCUAGAUGUUGUUUAGAUAAAAUUAGAAGAUAUGCGAAUUGAAAACAUGUCUAAAUUAAGAGAUCAGUUCAGUACUGAUGGAAUGCGUCUUUUAUCAACAAAAGACUUAAAAAAUGAGAAAAUAGAUGCCAUAGAGGACAAUUUCGCUUUAGCCCUGAACACGUUGGAAAAAGAUCUAAAGAAAGCUAUAAAAGCGCGUGAAUCUAAAAGAUUAACAACUGAUCAAGAAAUUAAAAUUGAUACCUACAUUGCUUAUGCGACUAGUACAUUAUAUUGGAUGCACCUUAAAUUAAAAGGCGUUGAUAUUUCAAAGCACUAUAUUUUACAUGAUUUGGCUCGUGCUAAGGAUUGUUUAGCCCGUGAUAAGGAGCUAAAUGAUAGUAAAUCCAUGCAACAUCUUGAUAUUCAGGCAACACAACGGUUUAUUGCUCGAGGCCUGCACACACGUUUUGUUGAUAUGAAUGGUGUAAUGGUAACAGAAGAGCAAUACAGAAAAUCCCUGGACCAAAAUAAAUAAUAAGGAAACGACAUUCUGACUUUAAGGUCAAUUAAAAAGUUAC